CCUAAAACGAAUAUUUUGGAAAAAAAAAUUUUAAAAAUAGAAUGGUUUCGAUUUUUUUUAUAUUUUUAAGUAAACAUAUAUGCCCGUAUGGGUGCAUCGCCCCCACGUGUUACUUUUCUUGUAAUGUUAGGUGGGGACUAUUGAUACUUUCUUAACAUUAUUAAAAAUUUUUAAAAUUGUAAAUUGUUCUUUCUUCCUUGGUCUUUUUUUCCGGGAUUCCAAGCUUAUUGUACAUUCAAUGAUUUAUUAAUAAAGCAGUAUUUAUAUAAUUAAUAAGUUAUUUUUAUUUUGGUACCCGCAAGUUGAAUUUUCAGAAAUUUGUGAAAUUUGUUGAAAUUAGUUAUAUCUUAGCCUCUAUUUACGAAUGUAAUAAUUAAAAUGAAUUUGUGUUUUAGAUGACAUCCAUGGUACACAUUUUAUUACCGGAUUUGAAGGGAAAGGUCUUAGAACAAAAAAUAAUUGUGCCAUUUGCUAUGGGUUCAUUGAUAAAAUUAUAUAUAACAGUUCAAAAUCCAGUUAAGAUACAAGAUUUGAUGACACCAGAAUUCUGGGAAAGUAAUGUACUUUCGUAUUGCAAUCGUAAAACAGUGGCUUCUUCAAAUUUUAUUGGUGAAACUUUUUCGACAGUGGACUUGGGACUGACAUCAGUUAUGGGAAAGAAAUUCAUGACAAUCGGUUUAUGGUGUGAUAGCGAAACAGUAGAAGCCAAUGGACUGUUGGAACUGUAUAAAUAUAUAUCUAUUCAAGACCACGGGGAUUUGCGUCGAAGAAGGGCAUUUUUUUAUGGGAUACUUCGUAUUUUGAAAACCGCAUUAGGAGUAAUCAGAGACGAUUUGUUACAAAAAUUAAUUGAACAUUUUAGUCAGAUGCUAUAAUAUGGAUAAAAUAUGGUAUAAUAUGAAUAUCACAAAAAUUUAUAAUUUAAAGUCUUGUAACGGAGCAAACUAACAAAAACGGCCCUUCUCUUUUUAUCGUACCAAUUACUGUAAGUUUAUAAUCUUUUAGUAGUUUUUGUGUAAGAGGAAUAUUUGUGAACCAAUUGUCCAUUGUAAUAUUGCGGUUUGAUCCUUUUACUG